AUGUCUUUUGCUGAAGAAAUACCUAAAAUUGAUACUGAUAAAAUGCAAGCAGAGGAAAUAAAGUCAUUACGUGGAUCAAUAAAAGGUCGUAUAACCAAGUUUGGAGGUUAUGUUCAGUUAUUAAUUCAAUAUGAGGUAGAAAAUAUUUUUCAAGUUCAAUUUAAGGAACUAACAUUGCGUUUGGUUAAAAUCAAAAAUUUGUUUUAUGAUAGUGAUACCGUUAAAACUAAAUUGGAACUUUUGUCCGAUGAACAUUUACCAGAAAGAGAUGCUGUCGAAAACCAAUUUUAUUCUACGGUAUCUUAG